CGGCGGCCGAGAGCGGUCAGCUGACCAACGCGGAAGUGAGAAAUCAGUAGAAACAUUUCAAUGCAAAGUAAGCGCUGUUGGUGAAAAAUAAGUUGCUUUUUCGUGCUUUUCGUCCACAUACGGCAACAUGGUCCGAUGUUUCCUGAUCCACACCGUCUGUCCGGUCGGUGCUCUCGGUCCCGGGGAGAGUCGGACCCUUUACUCCCGGGUUUUUGGACCAGAUGAAAGCAUUUCGUCCGACCAGCACCAGGAGCUCAGCCCUGAGGAGAGACGGCUUCUGCAGAAGGAGAAGAUAGCAGUGGUAGCAAGGCAGGUCCGGAGCGCCGUCUGCCUGUCCCGGGAGGCUUCAGGUCAGCUGCUGGUGGAGAUGGUGCCCGGUGAGGAGGCGCUGGCCCUGCAGGAGGCCGACAGCGGAGUGUUACGCCUGAGAGCUGGAGACCCCUUCUCUGAGGAGAUGAGCGCUCUGUGGAUGGGGGUCCAGAGUCUGGGCUUCACGCUGGUUUGUGAGCCCCACGAGAACCUCCUGCUGGCUGAGGGGACCCUGCGCAGCCUGACCCGACACUGCCUGGAGCACCUGCACAUGCUGGGGCCGGGCAGCGAGGUCCUGCUGAGGAGCCACCGUGUGGAUGGUCUGCUCAGCCGCCUGCUUCCUCACGGCCAGCUCCUCUUCCUCAACCACCGCUUCGCGCAGAGUCUGGAGAAGGAAGUGGCAGCUUACAUGGCCAAGUGAACCAGAGCAGCUUGACGUAUGGCCGCUGUGUGCAGUCCACUCACUGUGACUCCCCGACUUCCAGUUCUGGGCUCAAUCACUGCUAGCUUUCACCACAACAGGCUGAGUGUUGUUUACCUUGUGUGGCAUUUCUGUGGCGGAGGAAGAAGGACGAACUUAGUGACAGCUGCUGUUUCAGAUUGCAUGAGGUGGUAAACACACAGUGUGGUAAAUAUCUCCCUCAGCCACUUGCAGCUCACUGUUGACUGUUUACUGUGUGGGAGGCUUCAGUUCAAAUCCUGUUUGUCAAAUUGAAGAGUGGAAAGAAAAAUGUGGCAGAUUAAAGAGUGCAGCUGAAGAGGCCAGCAGAAAGCUGCUCGUCAACAUCAAAGACAGCUGCUUAUCUGAUUCACCGUACUCCAAAUGCCACGCCGUGACCUCGAGGAAUCGCACUCGACCUCAUUCCUGAGAAUUCUGGGAGUGUAAACGAAUCUCGAAGUGCUUAAUUGCCUGCACCUUUCGCUGUUGAAUGGCAGGAUGACACCGGGUUGGGACUUUUUUUUCUUUGUCAGUGUUUUUGAGCAGCACGAAGUAUGAUUCAUCUCAUAGUAACAAGCAGCUGAAAUGGAGCAAAGACAGAUUGCAGUCAGACUCUGUUAGUGUCAUUUUGAACCGAAAAUGUCGUGAUUAUUGAAGCAUUUAGGACAAUGAAAAAAAGACAGGAAGUGACAAGCAAUACAUGCAGAGGUGUUGGCAUGCAGGACGCGGAAACAAGAGCAACAACAUUUAGGCACAGCAUAUAACAAAUGUAUUCCUGUAUCUUGUGAACAUCUGUUGUGCCUCUGAUUGCCCCCCCUCAGCCCCCCCGGAGCCAGACUCCCCCACUCCUCCUCUUGGCCUCAUAAAAGCCUCUUAAACCCCAGUUUUUGUGCUGGCAACCUAAUCCAAAAGCAGAGCGGUGAUUUUGGAUGAGGGGAAAAGAAAUCUGUCUGGAUGCCAACAUCAACUGCUUUGAUCUUCUCCUUUUUUCCCCUGUAUGGAAAAAAAUGAAACUAAUUUUAGCUUUACCCAAGGCGUAUUCUUUGAAAGUUGUGUACCCUGCAAUCAAGGGCACACGGUGCAUUUUUCCAAAAACGAGGCAUCGGGGAUAGAAAAUUAAAAAUGAUUAAAAAAAAACACACACACACAAGAAGGUUUUAGAGGUUGUGUUCAUCUCCUGGGGAAGAAACAACACAAACUGAACAUCAGCUGGAAAAAACACCUGCGAAAUGAAAACACAAGUGAGUCAGGAAACCUGUAAUUAACGGUGUGCGGCCAACAGAGGGCGCUGUUGCUCCUGUGAGUUUCAGUGAAGCACCAAUGAGAAGUAUUUUAUUUAUAAAAAAAUGAAACUAAGAUGCAGUUUUCUGAAAGAUAAGCCUGUAAUUUAUUAUACACUGUGUGGCCAAAACUGUGUGGACACUCCUGUUUUUACUGUUUACCCCACACAAAAUACGUGUGGGACUUUUUUUUUUUUCAUUAAAUUCUCUUUCUUUUUGGAUUUAACAGGAUAAAUAAUGUAACCAUUAUGUCCAUGCUUAUAUUUAAAGAAUAUUAAUAAAUAAUACAAAUCAAAUAACUUUACAUUAACAGAAUAUACAGUUAAGAUACAGGACAAGAUCCAGCUGAUCCUGUAGUCCUGUUACAGUCCUACGGAAGAAGUUUGAGCAUUAGCCAAUAAAAAUUGUCUGUAAAUUGCACUUAA